UAUUUAUAUCGAGCUUGAUACAGCUCCGUCUGAUGGAUCCACCAGUUAACCCAUGGCUUAGCGAUGCUUCAAUCUGCGUCCUAACGACACUAUGCACUUGAAGCGAUCCACGUAUGCACUUGGUGGAGCAAAUUCCUGCUUUCGGUCUUCCGUAUCGUCCACGUUCACGUGAUACCUAUCAGCUUUUGAACUUGGACGGUCGUGACUUCAUGAACACCUGAAGUUCCAAAGCACGCAUGCCCUCACCCCCGAUCCAAGUCUUCCUCACGACAAUCGCGUCGCAGGUCGUCAUAAGGAAGCGCCAAGAAUAUAUUCUUCGCAUCCUCCAAACCAAGAAGAUCCCAUACACCUCCUAUGAUCUCGCCUCCGACGAUGAUGCCAAACGUUUGUGGAGGCGUAAGGCCCCGCCUGAUAAGCAACAGCUUCCAGGUAUACUUGUAGGCGGCAAAUUUAGUGGGGUAUGCCCUUAUCCACGCCUCUUGAAUAGUACUCAUCGCAGUUGUGCCGAACAGGACUUUGAUGCUUUCGAAGAAGCUGUCGAAACUGAAGGGCUGGCUACAUUCUUGCGGCUGAAUGAAAGCUGGGACAUCGCCACCGACGAAGAUCGUCCGGCGCCCGAGGUCAAACCCGUUGGUGUGCCUGGGGCUGUCCCCAUCGCGCAAAUGACGCCGGAACAUCAUAAGCCCCGAUUCUUUUCCCGUGACCCAGAUACCCCGUUGAAGCCAGUGAACAAGCAUGAGGACAACUUUGAUGUAAGCACGGAGCUGGAGGGGUACGGGUUGCAGGGCGUAAGAGUCACCGAUGACGAUUUGAGGUUGUUAGUCGAAGAGCUUGGGCUUGAAGGAGACGAUGCAGAGGAUAUGGUAAAGAGUUUGGGUGGUGGUGGGAAUGGAAAGGAUGUUCCCAAGAAGGGUGGCGAGAAAGCAAAGGCGAAGGAAGCGACAAGCACAAACCCUAGGGACGCGAGCGUGACAAAGGAAGACAACAAAUGACCCUUAUGAUCUGAUGUAUUAUAUCUGCUUGAUCUAUAUACCAGCCAUGGAAGUGGAACGAAAAUAUUAGUGUCUGGAAUUGGUCUGGAAGGUGC